GAAUGCCACUUAUACUGGCCGCAGGAUGAGUUAUACGAAUUAUGCAAAAAGCUCAACAUUUCAUUCACAGCCUAUGCUCCGCUUGGAUCACCGGGAAGAAAGGUAUCAACCAUCAAUAUGCCGAAUAUGCCAUGGCCAGACCGUGUACCAUUACAAGAUCCUCUGGUAAAAGAGAUUGCACAAAAACACAAUAAGACACCAGCACAGGUACUUCUACGUUAUCUCAUUCAACGUGGAAGAAUUGUCAUUCCUAAGACUGUCAAACCAGAACGCGUAAAGGAGAACAUGAAUGUUUUUGAUUUUACGCUGAGUGAUGAUGAAAUGCAGAAGCUCAAGGAUGUCAAAAAGACAAGGCUAUUCCUCUGGCCUUUGUAAGU